CCGCCCCACCCCCUCCCGGCUCGGAGGCGGCCUCAGUCAGCCGCGAACGGGCCGCGGGACUGGAGGGCAACUGGGAGGCUGAGUCCGGCGCGAAUAGGGCCCUGCGGCGUUGAGAAGAUGGUGUGCCUCGGUAGAGGGUGGGGACGACGACUGUGACGGGCUUCCCAGCUUCCCGAAGUGGGAGUGGUGUGCGCUGCAGGAAGAGAGAGGAAGAGCAGAAGGGGGCAGCAGCGCCCGCCGCUAACGGCCUCCCUGGGCGCUGACAGGCUGGGCCGGCGCCCGGCUGGUUCGGGAGUUCGCGCCGCCGCCUCGGCCGUUGGGCGCCUGGGCCCGGACUUGCGGCGCGUGUUGGGGCGGAGGGCUGCUGCCUCCGCGCAGGAAGAGCUCUAGUCCUUGCUGCCGAGGGAUGUGAGUGGGAGCCGAGCCCGCACGGGAGGGCCCCAGAGGGCCCAGCCGGGCGGACGCAAGAACCCUUGCCCGCUCCCGGGGCUUCGCAGAUAUUGGCCGACCCGAGGCGCAGGAUUUUGGAAGCAGGCAAGGGAAGAAGAUGUGAUCUGUUUCUCUUCUGCAGAAAAAGAGGCCCUUCUUCCCCUUCCCGCGAAGGCAAAUUUUCUGAAGAAGACUCUGCUUGGGAAUGGCUUGCCUUACAAUGACAGAAAUGGAAGGAACAUCUGCAUCCCCUAUACAUCAGAAUGGUGAUAUUCCUGGAAAUGCUAAUUCUGUGAAGGAAAUAGAUCCAGUCCUACAGGUGUAUCUUUAUCAUUCCCUUGGGAAAGCUGAGGGAGAGUAUCUAAAGUUUCCACCUGGGGAGUACGUUGCAGAAGAAAUUUGUGUUGCUGCUUCUAAAGCUUGUGGAAUCACACCUGUGUAUCAUAGUAUGUUUGCUUUAAUGAGUGAAACAGAAAGGAUCUGGUACCCACCCAACCAUGUCUUCCAUAUAGAUGAAUCAACCAAGCACAGUGUACUCUACAGAAUCAGAUUUUACUUUCCCUACUGGUAUUGUAAUGGCAGCAACAGAACCUAUCGGCAUGGAAUAUCUCGAGGUGCUGAAGCUCCUCUUCUUGACGACUUUGUCAUGUCUUACCUUUUUGCUCAGUGGCGGCAUGAUUUUUUGCAUGGAUGGAUAAAAGUACCUGUGACUCAUGAAACACAGGAAGAAUGUCUUGGGAUGGCGGUAUUAGAUAUGAUGAGAAUAGCUAAAGAAAAGGAUCAAACUCCACUGGACAUCUAUAGCUCUAUCAGCUACAAGACAUUCUUACCAAAAUGUGUCCGAGCAAAGAUCCAGGACUAUCAUAUUUUGACAAGGAAGCGAAUAAGGUACAGAUUUCGCCGAUUUAUUGAGCAGUUCAGCCAUUGCAAAGCCACUGCCAGAAACUUGAAACUUAAGUAUCUUAUAAAUCUGGAAACUCUUCAGUCUGCCUUCUACACAGAGCAAUUUGAAGUAAAAGAACCUGGAAGAGGUCCUUCAGGUGAGGAGAUUUUUGCAACCAUUGUAAUAACUGGAAACGGUGGAAUUCAGUGGUCAAGAGGGAAACAUAAAGAAAGUGAGACACUGACAGAACAGGGUUUACAGUUAUAUUGUGAUUUUCCUGAUAUUAUUGAUGUCAGUAUUAAACAAGCAAACCAAGAAGGCUCAAAUGAAAGCAGAAUUGUAACUAUUCAUAAGCAAGAUGGUAAAAGUCUGGAAAUUGAACUUAGCUCAUUAAGUGAAGCUUUGUCUUUUGUGUCUUUAAUUGACGGAUAUUAUAGAUUAACUGCAGAUGCACAUCAUUAUCUUUGUAAAGAAGUAGCACCUCCAAUGGUACUUGAAAAUAUACAAAGCAACUGUCAUGGCCCAAUUUCAAUGGAUUUUGCUAUCAGUAAACUGAAGAAAGCAGGUAAUCAGACUGGACUCUAUGUACUUCGAUGCAGUCCUAAGGAUUUUAAUAAAUAUUUUCUGACUUUUGCUGUUGAGCGAGAAAAUGUCAUUGAAUAUAAGCACUGUUUGAUUACAAAAAAUGAGAAUGGAGAAUACAACCUCAGUGGUACUAAGAAGAACUUCAAUAAUCUUAAAGAUCUUUUGAAUUGCUACCAGAUGGAAACUGUUCGCUCAGACAGUAUCAUCUUCCAGUUUACUAAAUGCUGUCCCCCAAAGCCAAAAGAUAAAUCAAACCUUCUGGUCUUCAGAACCAAUGGUAUUUCUGAUAUACCAACCUCACCAACAUUACAGAGACAUAAUAAUGUGAACCAAAUGGUGUUCCACAAAAUCAGAAAUGAAGAUUUGAUGUUUAAUGAAAGCCUUGGCCAAGGUACUUUUACAAAAAUUUUUAAAGGCGUAAGAAGGGAAGUAGGAGACUACGGUCAACUGCAUGAAACAGAAGUUCUUUUAAAAGUUCUGGAUAAAGCACAUAGAAACUAUUCAGAGUCUUUCUUUGAAGCAGCAAGCAUGAUGAGCCAGCUUUCUCACAAACAUCUGGUUUUAAAUUAUGGAGUAUGUGUCUGUGGAGAGGAGAAUAUUCUGGUUCAGGAGUUUGUAAAAUUUGGAUCACUAGAUACAUAUCUGAAAAAGAAUAAAAAUUCUAUAAAUAUAUUAUGGAAACUUGAAGUGGCUAAACAGUUGGCGUGGGCCAUGCAUUUUCUAGAAGAAAAAACCCUUAUUCAUGGAAAUGUGUGUGCCAAAAAUAUUCUUCUUAUCAGAGAAGAAGACAGGAAGACAGGAAAUCCUCCUUUCAUCAAACUUAGUGAUCCUGGCAUUAGUAUUACAGUUUUGCCAAAGGACAUUCUGCAGGAGAGAAUACCAUGGGUACCACCUGAAUGCAUUGAAAAUCCUAAAAAUCUAAACUUAGCAACAGACAAAUGGAGUUUUGGUACCACUUUGUGGGAAAUCUGCAGUGGAGGAGAUAAGCCUCUGAGUGCUUUGGAUUCUCAAAGAAAGCUACAAUUUUAUGAAGAUAGGCACCAACUUCCUGCACCAAAGUGGACAGAAUUAGCAAAUCUUAUUAAUAAUUGUAUGGAUUAUGAACCAGAUUUUAGACCUUCUUUCAGAGCCAUCAUUCGAGAUCUUAACAGUUUGUUUACUCCAGAUUAUGAACUAUUAACAGAAAAUGACAUGUUACCAAAUAUGAGGAUAGGUGCCCUAGGGUUUUCUGGUGCUUUUGAAGACCGAGACCCUACACAAUUUGAAGAGAGACACUUGAAAUUUCUACAGCAACUUGGCAAGGGUAAUUUUGGGAGUGUGGAGAUGUGCCGGUAUGACCCUCUACAAGACAAUACUGGGGAGGUGGUAGCUGUUAAAAAGCUCCAGCACAGUACUGAAGAGCACCUCAGAGACUUUGAAAGGGAAAUUGAAAUCCUUAAAUCCUUGCAGCAUGACAACAUUGUAAAGUACAAGGGAGUGUGCUACAGUGCUGGCCGGCGUAAUCUAAGAUUAAUUAUGGAAUAUUUACCAUAUGGAAGUUUACGAGAGUAUCUCCAAAAACAUAAAGAACGGAUAGAUCAUAAAAAACUUCUGCAGUACACAUCUCAGAUAUGCAAGGGCAUGGAAUAUCUUGGUACAAAAAGGUAUAUCCACAGAGAUCUGGCAACAAGGAAUAUAUUGGUGGAGAAUGAAAACAGAGUUAAAAUAGGAGAUUUUGGUUUAACCAAAGUCUUGCCACAAGACAAAGAAUACUACAAGGUGAAAGAACCUGGUGAAAGUCCUAUAUUCUGGUAUGCACCAGAAUCACUGACAGAGAGCAAGUUUUCUGUGGCUUCAGAUGUUUGGAGCUUUGGAGUGGUUCUGUAUGAACUUUUCACAUAUAUUGAGAAAAGUAAAAGCCCACCAGCGGAAUUUAUGCGUAUGAUUGGCAAUGACAAACAAGGACAGAUGAUUGUGUUUCAUUUGAUAGAACUUCUGAAGAAUAAUGGAAGAUUACCAAGACCAGAUGGAUGCCCAGACGAGAUUUAUGUAAUCAUGACAGAAUGCUGGAACAAUAAUGUAAAUCAGCGCCCCUCUUUCAGAGAUCUAGCUUUUCGAGUUGAUCAAAUAAGGGACAACAUGGCUGGAUGAAAGAAAUGAAUUUCACUCUGAGACCAAAAUAGACUUACAAAGUUUUGUAUUUCACACUGCUGUGGUCUAUUAUUACAUAUAUCAUUAUUAUAUAUAUCAUAAUGCUAGCCAGCAAAGGUAUGGAAACAUCUGCUCAAAACCUUCAAAGUUGAGUGAGUUUUUCUUCAUGAGAAUACCAGCCAAAGACAUUGAUGAAAAGUUGUUAGCAAAGAAUUUUGUAAAAAAAAAAAAAAAAAAAAAAGUUUUAUGAAUGUAAUCAGUUAACAUCACCUUUCUUUGGCAAAGGACGAAUAGACUAUUUUCAACUCAGAAUGAUGAGAGAUGGAAAAAUUGUAAUGUAAAUAUUUCAGAUGCACAGAAUAUGUAUGUACAGUUUUUACCACAGUGAAUGUGUAACAUCUUGGCAUCUUGUGUCAUGUUUUACACAAGGGCUGGUGUUCAUAGUAAUGUUUUCUAAUUUUUCCAUAGUCGAUCUAUAAUAACUUCACUAUAUACAAAUUUAAGAUGCUCAGAUAAUUGAAUAAGCACCUUUAUGUCCUUGUUCAUCUAUAUCACAGGCCAGCAAUAUAAGCAGGUAUAUACUUCUAGCAUGUUGUUUUAUGUACUGUAAAUAUUUUUCAAAGCAAAGGGAACAAAUGUUUAGUUUUAUUUCUAUAGAGAAUUUCCCUGACCCUAAAGAAUACAUUUUGAAAUGGAACAAGUUUACAAAGAUAUAACCCAAUCUAUUUUCUUAUUUGUCUCCCUUGUAUCUGUUUGUGAUGAGUAUGUUUUUUAAAUAGAACUAUAUCCAAAUUUUUCUAAGACUACAGUGCAUAGUUUUCUUUAAAAAUUUUGAGAUUAUGAAUGCCAGGAAUAUUGUCAUCCCUUGAGCUGAUGGCUGCCAGUAAGAUUCUUCAAUCCCUGGGAUCUGUGGGCAUGCAUUCAAUGUAAGCAUAAAUUAGAUCAUUUUUCAAAUGUAUACACUAAGGUGCAUAGUGGGUUAGGAAUUUUUUGUCAAAAGAAUGUGUAUUUUAGGGAUUUCAGAGAACUGCAGUCAUGGAAGAGAUUUUUUUUUGUUAGAUUCUUAUAUACAAGAGAGAGAUGAGAGUAAAUUGGUUUAAAAAAAAAGUAUGUGUGUUAAUUUUAUUCAAGAAUGCCAGUAGAAAAUUCAUAAUGUAUGUAUUGAAGAAAAAUGAGUAUUUUUCAAUUAAGUAUAAAGGUUUGUUUGUUGUCGUCGUUUUAGAGCUACUCCAUUUUAGACACCACACUUCAAAUAUGGCGGGGGUUUUUUUGUGUGUGUUAUUUAUACAAAGUUCAGAAUUCCUGGUAUUUUGGUUAAAAAGAAAAUAGUUUCUUACUUUCUCUUCAGCGCCAUAUGCUAUUUUUUUAGCCUUAAGACUUUUGAUUAUCUAGUUUUUUGGAGCUGGUUUUAAAAUGCAUAUUAUGUAAGAAAAAAAAUGCCUCACACAUAAAGUUUGAAAUUUUUUGGUUGGAAGGAAGGAAAGGAGAGAAAUGUUUUUUAUAUUAUCUUUAAAGCAUUUUAGUAGUUACCAAAUGCACAAAUCAUCUAAAAUGAUAAUAUAUUUUUAAAGAUUUCUAGUAAAUAUUUUGAUGAAAGUUGAUUAUAAUUUUUUUUAACCUAUAAAGACCCCUCAAGGAUCUGUACUUGUAAUGCAUUUUUAGAGAUCUGAUAUUCUGUUACUUUUCAAGUCAAAAGUAGCAUAUCAUAUACUAUUCUUGAGUUCAGAUUUUUGUACUAAAACUUAAAACUAGAUUCUUAAAAGUCAGUAGCAUUUUGUUUGUUUAUAAAAACAAAGAUGUUAACUGGGUUUCUUUUUAUAAAGUUUUAAUGUUACACUUUUUAGUUUUAGGAGAAAAGUCCCACAUAAACAUCUUAAGUUUUUAGAACAGGAUGACUUUAUUGUAAAAUUCUAAGUUUUCAAGAGAACUAUUAUUCGUUGAGGAUUUGUGAUGCUUUAAAUUUUGAUUCUGACCAUACCUAAAAGGAAAUUAACCCUGCAGCUGUUUAGUUGAUCUGCACAAAACACAGGUAAGUAAUUCUUGUACCAGUUAAUGCCAAAGUGUUUCUUCCAAUUAAUAUUCAGAAAUGAGGGUGAAGGUUUUCUUAGAGUUCUGUUAUUCUGUAAAUAUUUCAGUAUAUUAAGUUAUACAAUCUUUAUAUAAACAAUUCCCUUUAUCCAUGGUUACCUACUUUAGGAAACAGUCAUUUUUUCAUAUUAUUUAUAUAUAUGCUGCCAGUAGCACUAUAAUUUGCUGUGGAAGAGGGCUUUCUUACAACCCAAGAUUUUUGACUUAAAGUCAAGUGAAAUUUUUAUCACAAUAUAACUUCUGAUAUUUAAAUUUUAUUUAAACAGUUUAUUAUGGAGUAGACAUUAGAAACUACCUAUGGUUCUAUAUCUGGGAGCCAUUCUCCAAGGGGAUGGCAUGAUGUGGUCAGACUGAAACUGUAUUAUUUUCUUCACUGUGCCUUUAAGCAUGUUCCCACAAAAUUGAAAUACUGAUGUAAUAAAUACUCAGAAGUUA